AUGUUUUGAUUUAAAUCUAAAAAAGUUCAAGAACCAAAGAGAUUGUCAACAAGAAAGGAGGUUGAGGCAGAAACUCUCUCUGUGUCUGGCGAUAACCUUCCUGUAGCAAAUUACCAGAAGAUCUUCAGUGGAAGAUCUUGUUGUAGAUGAAGAAAACCUAGAAAGCCUAACUGGUACAUCAAUAAUGUUGGCGGACUUUAUGACACAACAAAUGAAAGUAAAGAAGUUCCACUAAAGAAGUCUCACCUCGAUGCAAGAGUGUUCAACUCGACUGCAAGCAUCGACUACACCCAGAUGUUUAAGAACGAUCAGAAAUCUCCAAUUGAAGUGAUCUAUAAGUUCCCGAUUGACAAAUUCUUCAGCGUCACAGGAGUCAAAAUCAAGCUUGAUGAUAAACAAAUUAAUGCUGUUAUCAUGGAGAAAGAAGAAGCCAAAGAAAAAUAUGAUGAUGCUGUUGCUCAAGGUAACACUGCCGCAAAGAUCAACUAUGAUGAGAACAUCCCAGAGGUGCUAGAACUUGCGAUUGGCGCGAUCCAACCAAAGAAAACUGUUGAGAUUUGUGUAGAGAUGGCUGCCAAAUGCGACAUCACCAAGCAUGGCUUUUACUCAUUUAUCUUUCCAAUGAAUUUUAUUCCUGGUAUUAUCACAUCAAGCUAUGGUAAAAACAACAUGAAGAGAAACAUCCCAGGAGAAUUCUCAGCCAACAUUGUAGUUGAAGCCUCAAGUACAAUCUCAGACUUGAGUGUUUCUCACUCAGAGAUGGUACACGAGCAAGAUGAUUCUGGAAACAGAGUCACCAUCGCAUUGAAAGAAAGCUCAUCAAUAAAUUCGAAAGACAUAGUCGUAUCUUUCUCGACACCUGAAAUCAGAAAGCCUCAGAUCACUUUGCAGACUUCAGACAAGCAUCCUGAGGAAGUGCUUGCUCACAUCACUUGCAUUCCAAGGAUAUCUGACGAAGAAGAGGUUGCUGAAGAAGAAAUCCCAUCUGAAGAUGAUGAAGCUGCUAAGACCUCUGGAGAAGAUGAAUUUGACAUUGCAAGCGGAGAGUUCAUCUUUGUUAUUGACAGAAGUGGAUCGAUGGGAGGUAGCAGGAUUAAGAUUGCAAAGGAUGCUCUGAAGCUGUUCAUUCAAAGUCUGCCAUCAGUCUCCAAGUUCAACAUUGUCGGAUUCGGUACAAGGUUGGAUAUCAUGUAUCCUGAGAGUGUACCAUACUCGAAAGAAAAUAUUGAUGAUGCUUUGGCAAAGAUUGAAAUGAUGAAGGCAGAUCUUGGAGGAACAAACCUAAGUGAGCCUCUGGAUGAAAUCUACGAUAUGCCAACUGAUUAUAAGUACCCGAGAAGCAUCUUUGUCCUAACUGAUGGUCAGAUCUUUGACACUGAGCAAGUUAUGAAGAAAGUCAGAUCUCACAAUAACUUUGGAAGGGUUCAUUCUUUUGGAAUUGGUGGAGGAGCUUCCAAGUAUCUUGUCAAUGAACUUGCUAAAGCUGGUCUUGGAACCAGCACUCUCAUCGAAGACAACGACUCAAAUACUAAAGCCAAAGUCAUUGCAGCUUUGAACCAAGCAGCCAGGCCAGCUCUCACCAACAUCCAGAUGAACUGGGGUCGUAAUUCAGAGGCUGUCAAGUUCGAAGUUCCCAGAGAACCAAUUUUUGGGUUCAUUUACGAAGAAGAAAUUUUGGAUGUGUAUGCUGUGCUGAACAAGGUCGACCUUGUUCAUGAAGAAAUCACUUUGUCAUUCUUCAAUACCUUUGAUCAAGAAACAGAAGAAAUUAUUUUUGCUGUAAAUCCAGAUGAAAUCAUUGAUAAAGAAAAUAAUGAUGUUGGUUUCAAGUUGGCAGCUAGAGAUAACAUGGUUCACUAUGAAAGGUUGAAGAGUCAGAAGGUAUAUAAAGCAGAUAACUCAUCAAUACAGAAAGAAGUAACUGCUCUAUCUCUAAAGUACUCUGUUUUGUCUGAGCAUACUGCGUUCUUCGGGAAGAUUAAGAACAAGACAAAGUCAGGAGAAGAGCUCAAGACCAUAGAAAUUCCCAUCAAGAAGAUGGAAGAGAAUGAUUUCUAUGAUGGCUACGGAUCUUGUAUGGCAAUAAAGUCUUCCAUGCCUCUAGCAAGGAGGAGUUCCCCAGGUAUCUUUAACAAGGUUGGAUCAGCUAUUGGAGGCAUGUUCGGAGGAGGCUCAGGAGCGAAGAAAUCUAUGAAAUCAAAAGGUGCUCCAAGAAUGUUGGCAAGAUGUGCUGCUCCUCGGGCACCUAAAAUGAUGAUGGAUUGAAAUGUAAUGUGUGCUGCUCCUGAAGCAUCAAUGAGAAAUAUUUCAGAUUCUUCUGACUCUGAUGAUUAUGUUAUGGAAAAAUGAUUGGGAAGCUCUGAUUCCAAUUUUUCAAGAAAAGAAAUGAACAAAGAAUCCAGAAGUCGUAAAAAGAAAAGCAAAAAAUCUAAAAAUAAUGAACUCAUGGCAUACACUCCUGCUAAGAAUUUAGAAGGAUAUGAGAAACUUAUUCAGUUUCAGGACCCAGAUGGGCACUUCACUGACUUGUCCUCAGAGUAUUCCCACCUUCUCUCUAACAGUCCUCCAGAAGAUCUUGAAAGCUUGGUCAAAAAUGACUCAAUGAUAGAUGAGAUCUGGACAACAAUCUUAGCCGUCCUAAUCCUUGAGACUCAUUUCAAGUCUUCCAAAGGAGAAUGGGUAAUGAUCGCAAAGAAAGCUAGGUCCUUCCUCAAGAAAUCCCUCCAAAAAGGGUCUGACAUCGACCAAUAUCUCUCCUACAUUUCCUAACCCCAUCUUUACCACAUCUAAAAUAACCAAUCCUA